CAUAUCCUCUAUUAUCUAUGUAUCUAAGGGGUUUACCUUAGAUACAUAUAUAGGUGUCAAAGGGGUUUACUCCUGAGUAAAUAUGUUCCUUGGUGAAAACCAUAGAUUUACGAUUCGGUACAAGUACCCCAGUGAAAUUGUGAUUAUUGAUUUAUCGAUUACUUUACGAGGCGAGGGCGAGGCAUAAGAUUAGACUUUCAUUUCGAAAGUGCGGCUAUGUCUUUUAAAAUUUAAUAAUUUUGUUACGAGGUUAAGCGAUCGAUUCACAACCAUGACCUCCCAAGCCCUAGCUUCCCUCACGGCAACGUACACGGACUCUGAGGGCGAGGAAGAUAUGGAGGAUGGACAACAGACGCCAGACAAAGAAGAGCUCAUGGUUACACAAUCUGUGCCAGUCAGUCCGCAAACCGCGGGGGAAAACAAACAACUUUCGUUAGCACCUGUGUCCCCUAAACGCAGACUAGUUUCAUACGUAGACGACACGAUUGUCUCGGACGAGGAAACUUCGUCGCCCACCGCUGACGACAUGAGAAGACUGUCCAUGGAGACAGACACGGACGAAACGAUUCCGCGGUCAGUGGAGCCCGACGACUCGGAAGAUGGAGUCAUGAUACCGCCCGAGCCGCCGGGCAAGUGCCCCAAGGAGCUGCAAGAUACCAUAGCCAAGUACUACAACCGCAUGGUUACAGAGGGCUUAGACAUGAAUAAAAUCAUCCAGGAAAAGAAAAACUUCCGGAACCCCAGUAUUUAUGAGAAACUAAUCCAAUUCUGUGACAUAAAUGAGUUGGGUACUAACUAUCCACCUGAGAUAUAUGACCCAUUGAGAUGGGGAAAAGAAUCUUAUUAUGAUGAGCUGGCGAAAGUUCAGAAAGCUGAAAUGGAGAAACUAGAAAAAGAAAAGAAGGAUAAAUUGUCAAAGAUUGAUUUCAUCAGUGGAAUUGCUAAGAAAUCAGAUAGUGACGAUGAUAGGAAACGGAAGUCUAAGUGGGAUCAAGCAGGACCCCAUGUGGCAUUCAAGCCCAGUAUCAAACGACCUGGUUUGCUGCAACAACCUUUGACCAGCACUGCCACAGGCACCAAGGGAACGGUCAUAUCUGCUUUUGGGUCAAUAACAAAGAGAUCUAAAAUAUGACAAAAAAAUAAACUACUGGCAAAGUUAUUAUGGGGACAUGAAUAGAGUCAGACAGAACUUUGCAGAAAUUUGUUAAUAACAAACAUUAAUCAUAAUUUAUGUGGCUGGUGGCUUCAGUAUUGUAUUGCAUUUUUUGUUGUGUGUGUUGCUGUUUAAUCCAUCGUCUUGGGGAGAGAGAAAGAGAGAAAGCGUGAGAAGGAAUGAGAUGGCAAAUGGUCGUUCGGAAACAAAUAUAACUUUAGACAAAAUUUAGUUUAGAAUUUUAUAAAAUAUUAAAUACUAUAUAUUAUAUUUAAAGUAAUAAAAAAUUAAUUGUCA